AUGGUGAGACAAGCAUCUGCAGGAGAAAAUGCAACACCGAUUAGGAGGAGUAGAAGAAUUGCAGGCAGAAGAAGAGGCGAAAUCGCAGAGACAUUAAGAAUGGGAGAGAGGAACAACAGAUCUCAACCGAUUAGAUCUCAGAUCCAGCAGGAACCAAGGGAGAACGAUCAACGAAAUUAUGAUGAAAUAAGUGUUCACACUACGAAUACAGAUACUGUAGAAGAAAAUGAAGAGAUGACGCAUGAAGAAGGAGAAGUAGGAGAAAUUGAAGAAAACAUGACCAUUGGAGAACUAAGGCAGCGAUUGGCAGACGAAAGAAGAAGAAAAGAGGAACUACGUGCGAACUUGACGCGACAAAAUGAUGAACUAAGAGAGAAAAAUCAACGAUUACAAGAGAAAAGGUCACGGUCACGAUCCAGAAUAACACGUGUGAGCUCGAGAUCGAGAAUAAGCAGGAGCACCUCUAGGAGAAGUAGAUCGGAACACAAAGAUAAUACACAAGUGCAAUUUGUGGAUAACGAUCCGGAUGACACUUUUCAGGUGAACGAAAACUCGCAGGAGGAGAGUGAACGCAAUCAAUUAGAAGAUCGAUACGUACAGGUAGGAAAGAAUGAACCAAGGAGAGGACGUCGCAGAGAAGGUAGAUUGGAGCGAAAUGGAGAAUACAACCGCAUGCAUGAUGAAGAACAACGAGAGAAUGAUGCAGAACAUGCAAGGAUGAUACUUCAUGGAAGAGAGAUGCUGAGAUAG